UCUAUGCUGCUCACCAGUGAAUUAGUCCGCUCAGACUCUCGCCUCUUCAUCUCGUUCUCCUCCUCUAUGUCCUUCUCUCCUUUGGAGCAGACGGAGAAGCAUCGACACAGAAACAGAGCCACAGAGGAGCAAAGGAGAAGCCAGAAAACAUAGCCUGCUGGGAGCACCACCAGCUUCUGAACAUUUACAACGACAACAGAUAAACCUACGCGUGAAACAGAUGCAAAGCCAGACGGAAGCAACAGAUUGCCCCUUAGGUACAACUGUUGCUGCAAUUGAUGGUGACCCAACGGAUCUGAGACGAAGCUGCAAUAUCUGGAUUUGAAGAGACAAUUUCUCUGAAUGAAAGGAAAGCAGUGGCUCUGCUCAGAGCAGAAGGAACUAACAAUGCAAGGUGACAACAGGAGAGAUUUUUGAUUCAUCUGGAAAAGCGACACAGUGAACAUCACCUUUACCACAGUCUCCAUCACCUCUUCAUCCUUUUUCAGACACCAAAGACCACAAGUCGUUUAUUUGCACUAAAUAUAUGGAGGAUGUGAGUUCAGAGGUAUGUUGUGAACCAAAAACGUAAACAUCAAGUCCAGGUGUUGUUAAGAUGCAGGCAGGAGUCAGCAAGUGAUGCCAGUAAAUCCACCAGGGAGACCACUUGUGAAGACCAGACCCCAGAGGGUGAAAGAUGCAUGCAAGUAUCUCACUGCAAGCAAAGGCUGGCACAGGUUCUUCUCAAGCAAACACGGCAUGAACGUGAAGGAAGUGAGCAUCCAUUUCUUGCGCCUCUACUUUCCCUUGGAUGCUUUUUGCACCUGUGUAGCACACUUCUCUAAAGUCUUCUCACAAUUUCCUCUUCCUGAACUCCUGCUUAAAGUGCUAUAACUGAAUCCGUGCGAAGGUUCUGGUGGGUGUCGGGGUUAUUGUCCAGACUCUUGUUUUCGGGGUGAAGUGAAUCUGCCGUGGGGGCAGCAGACAGCCGUCCAAGACGCCGCGAGCCGUACUCCGCGUGAAGAAUGCCCAGCCGCGCUUGGCCAAGCCGGCCGACCCGGGCCCGACGCCGGGCCUCUACAUGGAGAGAUCCCAGAGCCGCAUCAGCCUCUCAGCGUCCUUUGAGGCCCUGGCCAUCUACUUCCCCUGCAUGAACUCCUUUGAUGAAGACGAUGGCGUGGAUACGGACGGAAGGAAGCUGAAAGGAGGCAUCCAGAGGAGCACUGAGACGGGAUUGGCUGUGGAGAUGCCCAGCCGGACCGUCCGCCAGGCCAGCCACGAAUCCAUAGAGGACAGUAUGAACAGCUACGGCUCUGAGGGCAAUCUGAACUACAGCGGAAUGUGUCUCGCAUCUGAUGCCCAGUUCAGUGACUUCUUGGAUGGGAUGGGACCGGCCCAGUUUGUUGGGAGACAGACACUUGCAAUGACAUCAAUGGGGGACGUAGAGAUCGGCCUGACGGAGAGAAACGGAGGUCUGGAAGUAGAAGUUGUUCAGGCCAGAGGACUCACCAUGAAACCCGGUUCAAAGGGACCUCCAGCUGCGUAUAUAAAAGUUUAUCUCCUGGAGAACGGCAUCUGUGUGGCAAAGAAGAAGACCAAAGCGGCGAGGAAGUCUCUGGAUCCUCUCUACAAUCAGGUCCUGGUCUUUUCUGAAAGCCCACAGGGGAAAGUGGUGCAGGUGAUUGUUUGGGGAAACUACGGACGAAUGGACCGCAAAAGCUUCAUGGGCGUAGCCCGAAUUCUGUUGGAGGAGCUUGACCUCAGCACAAUGGUGAUUGGCUGGUACAGGUUGUUCCCUACCUCCUCUAUGGUGGAUCCUACGAUGGCGCCACUCAUCCGCCACUCAUCUCAGAUGUCGCUGGAGAGCACCAUCGGACCCUGUUGUGAGCGAUCCUAAGUCUCGUGAUGAAAACCAUUAAUUUGGAUGUUGUUACUCAGAUUCGACUGUUGAACUGAAUCUUAAGAUAUAACAUUUUCUUAAAUGCCGUAGCUCUGUAAGUGGGUCAGCCACACAGUACUUCCAUUGGAUCAGGAUUUACGCUCAAAAGCACUUUUACGAGUUUGUCCACAUGUGGGAAUAAUCAUACCUAAAAUAAAAAUGACUGUGCCAACCGAGCCGUUAAACCUGCGUCAAAUGGAAAUUUAUGAUUGUUUCUGAAUCAGAUCAGAUUGUUUCCUGGGACUCAUGGGAGCCACAUUUCUUUUGUUGUUGUAACCGACCAUCCCUCACAGUCACAGGGAAGUUUCACUCUCUUCAGAUCUCUGAUGGAAAAAAAACCUUAAUGAGGACACUUCAAAGCAGAGCGAUGUUGCCGACAUUGAUCGCAUCCUAUUGGGAUGCUCCAGGCUCCGGUCGGCUUCAUCUUCCCGCCUCCUUUGCAGCCUACAUUCCACUUUCAUUCCCAGGACUCCUUGUUGUCUUUCCAUAUCCUCAUUAGCGACUGAGGAAAAUCUGUCCAUUCACCCAAUGGAAGUCAGGAUCGGUCCACAACAUUGUUUAACCAACCAGUUCCUGUCAAUAGCUGUGUAUGCAACAGGACAAAAAAAAGGUCUUAGUUAUGUGUUGCAACAUACUAAAAACACUGGGUUCAGCCAUG